AUGUACGAGGCGGCAAUGAAGCUGACUCUAGGGAAUUCCGAUUUUGUCUUCUUUGGCCGGGAAUCAGAUGGGCGCGAAAUCAUGAAAUUCGGAAAGUCGCACAAUGACAACAUGAAGCUUACUCGGGCUUUGGAGGAACUGGAAGCAGGAAUGGAGCUCAUGGAUAGGUUUUACGGUUUCAAGGAAAGGAAAGAGUCCACGGGAGCAUGGGAGAGACCGAAUGGGGGGAGUCCAUUGGGCGUUAGGAAUGAAUCCUCCAUGUACACUUGGUAG